AUGCGUACUGGGCUUGCUCACCUCGUCCUCCUUCCCUUCCUCAUCCUCCCUGCUGCCGCCAACAGACUCAGCCGCGACUCCCAACUCGUCGAGACCUUCAGCUUCGCCCAGGAGUAUAUCGGCAACGACUUCUUCAACGAUUGGACUUGGGAGACGUUCAACGACCCCACCCACGGCACCGUCAACUAUGUCGACAGCCAGACCGCCCAAAACCAAAACCUGGCCUACGUCACCGGGAACCAGUUCGUGAUGAAAGCCGACUCCAAGCAUGUCGUUCCCUUCGGCGCACGCGGUCGGGACAGCAUCCGCAUCCAUUCCAACCAGGCCUUCGAUGAGUCCGUCGUCGUCCUCGAUAUCGCGCACAUGCCCUGGGGCUGCGGAACCUGGCCCGCCUUCUGGUCGAUCAGCUCGGCCGGACCGUGGCCCAACGGCGGUGAGAUCGACAUCAUCGAAGGCGUCAACGUGAACACUGCCAACCUGGUCACCCUCCACACCACCCCCGGCUGCAGCAUGAACAACGACCGCACCAUGUCCGGCACGGUCCUCUCGAACGACUGCGACGCCGCGCACAACUUCAACCAGGGCUGCGGCGUGAGCGCGUCGCAGCCCGGCACGUACGGCCCGCCGUUCAACGCCGCGGGAGGCGGCUGGUUCGUCAUGUCGCGCUCCCGCGCGAACGGGAUCAAGCUCUGGUUCUGGUCCCGCACCGACUCGAGCGUUCCGCCCGAGGUGGCCGCGGGGAACGCCUCUGCGACGAUCUCGCCGAAAUUGACCUGGGGCAUACCCGACGCGGACUUCCCGCUCGGGUCGAACUGCGCGUACGACGCGUUCUUCAACGCGCACAGUCUGGUGUUCGACCUCACGUUCUGCGGCGAUUGGGCUGGUUCUGGGUAUGGGGCUGCUGGGUGCCCGGGCAACUGCGCGGACUACGUGAUGAACAACCCCUCGGCUUUCUCGAAGGCGUACUGGGCGAUCAACUCCCUGCGGGUGUACACACUCGUUUAG